AUCGGGUAUUUAGCUAGUAAUCCGCCAGCCCAAUUUAAUUCACAGGCUCCAUUUCGAAUGUUUACUUUUGCGGUUUUGCCCCUCCCUCUUCGCUUCCCGCUCUCAGUUUGCAGUUUGCACCAAAUUCAUUCCAAAAUAAGUUCCUCCACGUCAUCCAUCCGUGCCGAUCUUCCCAGAUUGCACUACAGCCGUCGAUAAUUUAUUAUCGAUCCCAUUCUUAACCCAUCUCCGCCGUAGAAAAACAAAGAACACCCCUAGCCCUACUCGACUCUCUCUUCUCCAUUCCAAUAAAUCCCCCUCUCUUUCUCCGGUAAUCCUCACCGAAAUCAAAUUCUCUCACUCAACAUUCAGUAAUCCACCAAGUUCCAUAAUCUUCAAACCCUAGCUCCUCUCUCUCUCUCAAAUGGCCCGCACCAAGCAAACCGCUCGCAAGUCUACCGGCGGCAAGGCGCCAAGGAAGCAGCUGGCGACCAAGGCCGCAAGGAAGUCCGCUCCGGCGACCGGCGGAGUGAAGAAGCCCCACAGGUUCAGGCCCGGAACCGUCGCCCUCCGCGAGAUCCGAAAGUACCAGAAGAGCACAGAGCUCUUGAUCCGCAAGCUGCCCUUCCAGCGCCUGGUUCGCGAAAUUGCACAGGACUUCAAAACCGACCUCAGGUUCCAGAGCUCUGCCGUUUCGGCUCUCCAGGAAGCCGCCGAGGCCUACCUUGUGGGUCUCUUCGAGGACACCAAUCUCUGCGCCAUUCACGCCAAGAGGGUCACUAUCAUGCCCAAGGACAUUCAGCUCGCCAGACGCAUCAGGGGCGAGCGCGCUUAAAUCUUGAAUCUGUUUUCGUAUAUUAAUUUCACUAGUUUAGACUCUCGUUUGCUGAUUAUCGUGUGUAAUUGUGCCAGUACAAUGUAGUGACUUUUCUGGGUCGUUGAUCUUAAUGGGAAAAGCUUGUUUACUGCUCAAUCGUCUGAAUGCAAUUGUAAUUUCCUUCUGGGUCUGAUUUUUCGUAGCUUAGAUUAGGAUUAGGGUUUCGACUCAGUCCAACUUUUGAGACAGAGUGUUGGCCACUUUCGUUGUGGGUUUCCUAUUAGACUUUUGAGGUUACAUGGUUAGUCAGCAGCGACUGACUCCCCUAAUCUAAUAGAAUUCGUUUCAACGA